AAACAAGGACACCCAAAAAAACAAAACAAAAACCAAACAAAAACGCGGACGCGGCACAGAACACACAACACCGCACCGCCGCCUCCUUUCCUCCCCUCGUCGUCGUCGACUCGUCGUUCGCCACCCCAUGAGUCCGCCUCCGAGACAUGCCCCGUAGCCCCGGUAGGAGCCUCCUCCUCCGCGUCUCCCCGCCAUCCGAGUCCCCCGCGCCGCCGCCAUGGCGAUGCCGUUCGCGCGCCGCGACAUCGAGGCGGCGGGCGCCGGCCACGGCCACGACGACUCGCCGGACGCCAAGAAGGGAAAGCCGGAGCUCGCCGGGGUGCGCCCCACGCUGACGCGGUCCGAGGCGUUCGCAUUCGCGGCCGUGCUCGCGCUCUUCACCGCCGGGAUCUUCUGCGUCUUCCUCUCCUCGCCCCGCCGCGAGUUCGGGCAGAUCCUCCGCCUCCCGCGCAGCCUCGCCGACGUCCGCCUUCUCAAAGACAAUCUUGCUGUUUAUGCAAGAGAUCAUCAAGUAAAUUUUAUAUUGGGGUAUUGCUCAAUAUACAUCUUCAUGCAGACAUUUAUGAUCCCCGGAACAAUAUUCAUGUCUUUACUCGCCGGGGCUCUUUAUGGAGUGAUUAAAGGUGGCAUUUUGGUCGUCUUCACUGCCACAGCUGGCGCAUCAUCUUGCUAUUUUGUCUCCAAGUUGAUUGGCAGACCCUUGAUUUGUUGGUUGUGGCCUGAAAAACUGAGAUAUUUCCAGUCAGAGAUUGCAAAGAGGAAAGAAAAACUAUUGAACUAUAUGCUUUUUCUGAGAAUAACGCCUACUUUACCCAACACAUUCAUCAAUAUGGCGUCACCCAUUGUUGACAUACCUUUCCAUAUUUUCUUUGCUGCAACACUAGUGGGUCUCAUCCCAGCAUCUUUUAUUACUGUAAAGGCUGGUAGAGCUCUUGGCGAUCUGAAAUCAGUUAGAGAGUUGUAUGACUUCAAGACAUUAGUUGUUCUAUUCCUCAUUGGAUCUGCCGUAGUCGUUCCAACAAUCCUGAAAAGGAAGAGAACAUACUAAUGAUGCCUGGGCGCAUCCAACUAUUGCAUUCAGAUGCUCGGUGUAUUAGCAUUUUCGCCCUUUCUUUUGUUUUCUUGAUAUUGUAUAUACCUAUCCAAUGCUAGUUGUAGAGAUGUAACAACUUGAAUACUUCCCUUAAUACCAGAUGACGUUAUCACAAUA